AUGGACGCGCCACCGCCGAAGAAACUUGACCUGACGAGUCUGAGCGAUGCAACACUGGGCGCAUUCUCGCGCGUCGCGCCCUCUGAGACACUUGACCACUUGUUGAGAUAUUUGAGCACUUGGAGCGGGAGCGAUAAACUCUUUAUGGUCAUUCAAUAUGGAGCCAAAGUACUCGUACCGAUCCUGCACUUGCGAGCUCGCAUUCAGCAACGCGCCGGCUUGAGGAAGACUACCACCAGCUCGUCAGCAGAGUCUCUCACCAAGUUGGCCAGUCUGAUCUCGGACGCGCGGGCUUUGUGGGGAAUGUGGGGUAUCCUACCCAUCAUCCAGUGGCUAGUCGCAUUAGAACGUGCACCACCACCCACGCGCAAACUACUAAACAUCGAGCGCACGCAGGGUUGGGCCAUGCUCGCCUUUUACCCUCUGGACCACCUUUACUAUCUCAUCACACAUGGCGUCAUGUCCCCGUCAAUCUCUCUUCCCCUUCCAGUAGUUGCGGAGAAGAGAUCGACUACGUUCGAUGCCAACAAGUACGAACUCAGUCCAACGAAGCUUACACUUUGGUCGACGCGUUGCUGGUCUGUCUACGUUAUCUUGCAACUUCUCCAUCUACGGGAAGACCGCGCGCUUCUCAUCAAGCGUCAGCGUGCACUCAAGAAAGUCCGAGGGCCCGAGCAUGCUGAAAUAAAGCGUCGAUGGGACGCAUGGUAUAACGAGUUGGCGGUCAACUUGGCGUACCUGCCCUUGACAAUUCACUGGUCUCUGGAGAAGGGACUCAUCAAGAAUGACUUCCUGGUGAACCUAUUUGGGCUUGCAGCCGCUCUAGGUUCCUUCAGAGCGGGAUGGAAGGCCCAUGCGCGGCCUACGGAACCUUCAGAAGAACUUGCUGCACUAACAGACUCUGAGAAACCGGCGGAGAUGCAGGAUGCGGCUGCCACGGCGAUCUGA